CAGAGCUGUGACGUCACGGGGGAAUCUGUCGCAGUGUUGCGUCUCCGCGUGCCGUUAAUCCUGCUGCAGAGCUGCUUUUAUCCACCCGCCGUGAUCUUAUCACAGUUGGUUCCGUCCACAUCGCCACGGAAUCAACCGCACGUGUUGGCAGUGUUGACUGGACGAGAUUGAACCGCUGUCAGCGCGUUUACCGGCCCAGAACCAGAACCAGAACUGUCCGCCGCGCUGAGUUCUGCACGGACCGGCAGCAGUGAGACGGUGGAGGCGACGCUCACGAAGCAGCUGGCGUAGAGCGGUCCGCCGGCGUGGGUCGGUACCGGACUGGAGAUCUUUGCUCGUUCCUGACAGGAGCGUUUCUCAUCUAAACUGGGCUGAGACCCGCUGCCUGGCGCCAUGAGCUCCAAAGUGUGCAGGAACUGCGGCAGCGCGGACAUCGAUGUGGACCAGGCCCGCGGCGACGCCGUCUGCAUGGGCUGCGGUUCCGUCCUGGAGGACAACAUCAUCGUGUCCGAGGUGGAGUUCGUGGAGACGGGGGGUGGAGGCUCUUCAGCGGUGGGUCAGUUCGUCUCUGCAGAAGAUGGAGCCAGACAACCGUCCUUUGGAGACGCGCACCUCGCCGGCAUGGGCUCCGAGUCCAGAGCUCAGACCCUGAGCAAAGCGAGGCAGCACAUCAACACCCUGGGUCACCAGCUGCAGAUGAGCCAGCGCUGCCUGGACACGGCCCUCAACUUCUACAAGAUGGCGCUGGCCCGGCGCCUGACCAGCGGGCGCCGCUCGGCCCACGUCAUCGCCGCCUGCAUCUACAUGGUGUGUCGCACAGAGGGAACGCCGCACAUGCUGCUGGACCUGAGCGACCUCCUGCAGGUGAACGUCUAUGUGUUGGGCAAAACCUUCCUGGUCCUGGCCAGAGAACUGUGCAUCAACGCCCCGGCUAUAGACCCUUGUCUGUACAUUCCCCGAUUCGCUCAGAUGCUGGAGUUUGGUGAGAAGAACCACGAAGUGUCGAUGACGGCGAUGAGGCUGGUGCAGAGGAUGAAGAGGGACUGGAUGCACACGGGGCGCCGGCCGUCCGGACUCUGUGGAGCAGCUCUUCUUGUUGCUGCUCGUAUGCACGAGUUUUGCCGCACGGUCAAAGAAGUCGUGAGCGUUGUGAAAGUGUGUGAAUCCACAUUAAGGAAAAGACUGACUGAGUUUGAGGACACGCCCACCAGCGAGCUGACCAUCGAGGAGUUCAUGAGGAUGGAUCUGGACGAGGAAUGCGACCCACCCUGCUUCACCGCCGGGCUCCGCAAGAAGAAAGCCCAACAGCUGGAGGUGGAGCUGAGGAAGAAGAUGGACGACGUCCAAGAUGAAAUCCACAGCUUCCAGGAUGAAAUCGACGCAGAGCUCGAGAGCAGCAGACCCAAGCUGAGAGGAGUUUACGCUUGCUACGUUGAUGAAGGCUGCAUAAAGGACAGCGCUGACUAUGAUGAACCCGGGGAGGAAGAGGAGCUUCAGGCCGUGGCCAAGCACUUUGGCAAAGACGCCGAUGAGCUCACACUGGAGGCGCUGGUGAAACUGGAGCCGAGGAGAACAGAGGAGGACGAGGAGCAGGACGGCCCCCGGCGAAAAGCCCCGUCGCUGGCGUCCAUCCUGGGCCCCAUGCCCUCGGCCGCCACUCUGGGCCUGACGGAGUCCAUCAGAACCUGCAUUGGAAACGAGAAGGAGAACGAUGGCGCCGUCGACAGCGGGGAGCUGGACCUGAGUGGGAUAGAUGACGGAGAGAUAGAGCUGUAUCUGCUGAGUGACAAAGAGGUCCAGAUCAAGACGGCGCUGUGGAUGGCAGAGAACUCGGACUACCUCAAAGAGCAGAGGGAGAAGGAGGCCAAGAUAGCGAAGGAGAAAGAACUCGGCAUCUACAAAGAAAAGAAGCCCAGAGGCACCUCCAGGAGACGGGCCCCGAUCCGGGCCAGCACCGCCGACGAGGCCAUUGAGAAGAUGCUGGAGCAGAAGAAGAUCUCCUCCAAGAUCAACUACGACGUCCUGAAGGACCUCAACAUCAAGCCCGGCGCCAGCCUGGCCCGCAAGGCCGAGUCUCCCAAGGCGGCGCCGUCCGCCUCCAAGCUGUCCGCUCGCAAGCGCAGCACGGCGCGGGCGCCGCUGAGCCUCAGCACGCCGCUCAGCACCCUGGGAAAGAGGUUGCAGCCCUUCAUCUCUGGACAACCCAACAAGAAGCUGGCCGUGGAGCAGGCCGCCAGCUCCAACCCGCUGCCGACGCCCGCGGGAGCCUCCGGCGGAGACGUGCUGGUGGAGAGCGGACCGGUCGUCUACGACCACGAGGCCGUGGACGAGGAGGAAGACGAGGAGGAGGAGGCGUGUGUCAGUGCCAUGGAGCUGAUGGGCGGCAACGAUUACGGCUGCGAUGGAGACUACGAUGAGGGAUUCUAGCAGCAGCUGUCGGUUCCCCGACUGCUACGGACUAAUUAUUGGUCACUGUGACACCGGGAGAACCUGAAGAACCUGAAGAACCUGCCCCCGACCAGAACCUUAAGGCACAUGAAACAGCAGAACCUAGACAGUCCUUUAAGUGGAGAUGAGAGGUUACAACAGUGUUUAAUGAUGGAAACUCCUUCAUCGACCAGAACCAGAACCUGAGCCUCCAUGAGGAAGUUCCACUGUGCAAAAAAGGGAAACGAACAAACUACCAAACACUUGAUUUCUGUGCUUUGCUGCCUCUCAACGACGUUCACUUUGGUUCUGUUUGUGACGGCCUCAGGUGAGGACAGAUGCCGUAUCAGCAGUCCCACAUAUCUUAUUAGUAUUACGUUAUUACCACCGAUGGUGCAGUUAGUUUAAUUUAUACUUUGGUUUCUUAGUUUUGUUGAUGUUGUUCCUGAUGCUCUUCCUUUGGCCGCGGAGCCGUCAAAGCCAGGAUGGAAACACGUUCUAUGCAAUAUUAUACUUUUCAAACGUGGGAGAAUUUCUAUUGAAGCUUUUAUGAUUUGUUUGGUGUGAAUGUGGCCUUGUCACUGUGUCUUUACUGAGGCAUGCUGGGAAACCUCCACUGUCUCUGCUGCUGCUACACUAAAUACACUUGAACCAGUAAAAAGCA